AUGUCAUUAAAAGUCGAUACUACUACUUUCAAAUUAAACAAUGGUGCUGAAAUCCCAGCCAUUGGGUUAGGUACUUGGAGAGCCACUGAAGAAAACUCAGCUUAUACUGCUGUCAAAACUGCUUUACAAAACGGUUACAGACACAUUGAUACUGCUGCUGCCUACGGUAACGAAGAAGAAGUUGGUAAAGCCAUCAAAGAUUCAGGAGUUCCAAGAGAAGAAAUUUUCAUCACCACCAAAUUAUGGAACACCAGACAUAAAGAAGUUGAAGCUGCUUUAGAUGAAUCAUUAAAGAAAUUAGGUUUAGAAUAUAUUGAUUUAUAUUUGAUGCAUUGGCCAGUCCCAACCAAUUCUGCCACUGGAGAAUUCUUCAUUGAAGGUUGGUCUUAUGUUGAUACUUAUAAAUCAUUAGAAAAAGUUUACAAAUCAACUAAAAAAAUCAAAACCAUUGGUGUUUCAAAUUUCACUAUUCCAAAAUUACAAGCUAUUUUAGAUGAUAAAGAAAUCACUACUGUUCCAGCUGUUAACCAAAUUGAAUUACAUCCAUUAUUCCCACAACCAAAAUUAUUGGCUUUCAUGAAAGAACAUGGUAUUUAUGCUGAAGCUUAUUCUCCAUUAGGUUCAGCUGAUUCCCCAUUAUUCAAAAAUGAAGAUGUUGUUAGCAUUGCUAAAAAAUUAGAUGCUGAACCAGCUCAAGUUUUAGUUUCUUGGGCUAUCCAAAGAGGUACUAUUGUUUUACCAAAAUCUGUUACUCCAUCAAGAGUUAUUUCUAACUUGAAAACUUUAACUUUAUCUGAAGAAGAUUUUGCUACCUUAAAUGGUCUUGCUGACAAACACGGUAAAAUCAGAACUUGUGAUGUCCCAGAAUGGAAAGCUUUCGUUGAUGAUGUUUAUUAG